AUGCAUUCCAAGCCUUCAACCGGAGGAGAUGAUGGGACUUCCGAGGCUGGCGGCGUGACCAUCACGCCUGGACUUGCAGAUUCGAGUGAUUUGCAGUUGCUAGCCAAAAUGGGGUACAAGCAAGAAUUAAAGCGACAAUAUUCGACACCGCAGGUGUUUGCGAUCGCGUUUAGCAUCAUGGGUCUUGUACCGUCUAUCGCGUCGACCAUCGCAUUUUCACUUCCGGCUGGUCCCGUUGGAAUGGUUUGGGGAUGGUUCACGGCGAGCAUCUUCAUUACUGUGGUUGCAUUGGCAAUGUCAGAUUUGGCAUCUGCCAUGCCCACGGCUGGAGGUCUAUACUGGUGGACCCAUUACUUUGCCAGCGAAAAGUACAAGAACCCCCUGAGCUUCCUCAUUGGAUACAGCAACACUUUGGGUUUGAUUGGCGGCAUAUGCUCCGUAGACUAUACGCUUGCUCUCAUGAUUUUAUCUUGCGUCUCCAUCUCUCGCGACUCGGACUGGACAGCAUCGCGCGGCGUAAUCUACGCUGUCUACGUGGGUUUAAUCCUCUUUCACGGGUUGUCCGCGGCAGUCACAGGCCGGAUCAUGCCUAAGAUUCAGACGGCCUGCAUUUACAUCAACAUCGGUCUGGUAAUUGCUACAGUAGUCGCAUUGCCUGUCGGGAAAGUGACUCGAGGGGGAUCACUGAAUUCGGGAAAGUAUGUCUUUGGCCAUGUUGACAACGAAACAGGAUGGCCGACCGGGUGGGCUUUUAUCCUUGCUUGGCUUGCUCCAAUCUGGUCCAUUGGCUCGUUCGACUCUUGUGUGCAUAUGAGCGAGGAGGCUAUGCAUGCUGCCAGGGCCGUUCCAUUGGGUAUCAUGUUUUCUGCAGGCUCGGCGCUCGUCUUUGGGUUCUUAGUGCUGGCUGUGAUGGCCGCCACUAUGAAUCCAGACGUGUCUCAAACUCUGGGUACCAAGUUUGGGCAGCCAAUGGCGCAAAUCUACUAUGACGCCCUUGGAAAAGACGGCGCUUUGGCUUUCAUGAUCGUGCUAUGCAUCGUUCAAUAUCUGAUUGGUCUCAGCUUGCUUGUCGCUGCAUCCCGCCAAGCGUGGGCAUUCUCGCGCGAUGGCGCAUUGCCGUUCUCCAACUUCUUCCGCCAUAUUAGCACACGAAUCCAAUACCAGCCCGUACGUAUGAUUUGCGGCCUCGUCGUGAUCUGUCUCAUCUUAGGUCUUUUAUGCCUCAUCAACAAUGCUGCUUCCAAUGCAUUGUUCUCAUUGUUCGUUGCGAGUAACUAUCUAUCGUGGGGCAUGCCAAUCUUUUGCCGCGUGGUCUGGGGUGGAGACCGUUUCCAGCCAGGAGAAUUUUAUACCGGCCGGUUCAGCAAGCCGAUCGCUUACGUUGCUGUCAUGUACUUGCUUUUCGGGGUGGUCUUAUCCAUGUUCCCGACCGCGGGACCGAAUCCGGAUCCACCCGACAUGAACUAUACCAUUGUCAUCAAUGGUGCUGUCUGGAUCGGUUGCAUGGCUUAUUACUUCCUGUUUGCCAAGCAUUGGUUCACUGGCCCGCGAAUGACAGUCGACGAGAAUGGCUCGACAGAGUCAGAAACCACUAUCAUCAACCCUGUCUUUGAUCAAUCACGACUAUGGAAAGAAGACUAA